AACCCUCAACAGUUUCUUCCCCGCAAAGGAAUAUACUUUACUUCUUCUUCCCCAAAUCCCCUUCUCCUUAUACCAUCAUCCCAAAACCAAUCUCCUCUCAUUCAUCAUUGCAGAACAAUGGAUGUCUUUACGGUUGUUCUUACUUUUCUCUUCUGCUUCUUUCUUUCCAAGUUCCUUUCAUUCAUGAAUUACCUGGAAGGCCAUGAUGAGGUAGGAUCGUCUCAAGAAGUCGCUGCUAAAUUGCGUGAUUACAGUUCCAAAAGAGUGGGAGGACUUGGGUUUGUAGGAGAUGUUGUACAAGUUCGAGUUUUGAGUGAAACAGAGCAAUUGAAUUCCCACCUUCAACAACCCGGAAAUAGAAGUUGUGGAUCACCAGAAAUGGCACACCAACGGACUGAAGAAAUUCCUCUUGGAGUGGAUACGGUGGACGAAAGCGCUGACAAUGAAGCAGGGCACUCAGAGUCCAUCUUUCAAGUUUGCGAAUCAUCGGAAAUAGCAGACCAACCUACUGAAGAAAUUUCUAUGAGAGUGAACAUGGCGGAAGAAAGCGUUGAGGGUGAAAGUUUUCGUGGAACUGAGGUGGAUUUGGUUAAAGAUGAAUUGGGUAUGACAAAGAGUGAAGAUGAGAUUCAGGUUUCUGAGAGUGAAAACAAGAGUGAAGAGGGUUGCGUGAAUGAGGGGCAAUUGGAGAAGGAAGAGGAGGAGGAGGAUUGGGAGGGAAUUGAAAGCACUCAAUUGGAGAGGGUUUUUGGUGCAGCGGUGUGCUUUGUUGGGUGUGGAAGCAAUGCUGAUCAAAUUUCGAAACUUGCUAAUGAUAUAAAGAUGCAGAUGUAUGGACUUCACAAGGUUGCCACUCAAGGGCCUUGUCUUCAGCCUCGACCAAUGCCACUCAAGGUGUCUGCUCGUGCAAAGUGGAAUGCAUGGCAUAAAGCUAGUAACAUAAGUCCAGAAGAGGCCAUGGAGCAGUAUAUCUACCUUCUUUCAAGAAGCAUUCCUGGGUGGAUGCAAGAUAAUAUUGGCUACCCUGCAGAUGCCAAAGAAUCCAGGAAGCUUUCUUCUUCUGAUACAAAGACCUUUCCAGUAAAUCGAGCAAGUGCUGUAGGUGACAGGAGUUUAUAUGAGCCUAAGGCGUGACUAGGUGUACAGUCCAGAAUCCUUGAAUAAGGGUAAGCAACACAUUCUCCCUCGUGUCAAUAAUGCUCCAUGACAAAGACGAUCGUUUGUAAGGAUUGAGGAAGAUUGUCUGCCUCAGAAUUAGCUAGGCAUCUGUCUGGUUAUAUUCCAGUACAUAUUGCAGAGUUAAUAGGGAACUAGCAAUGUAUCUAUCAUAGAACAUGUUCCAUUCUCUUUGUUAACUCCCAUAAGUUUCUAUUAACUUAUUGUCUUAAUUCAUUUAUUUCCCUUGAAUUAAAGGGAGAAAAUAGGAAAUACCAGAAUUCCCCGGAUCAGUCUGCACCAACUAGAAUGCUAGGUCGAAAUUUUCAUUGAGCUGGAAUGUGAAACAUGUCAAGCAUCCUAACCAAGUUAUGUAAGGAAAAACAUUGUAACUCAAAUCAUGUUUUGUUGACGAGUGCCAAUUGGGAAGUGAUCCUCAUACUUGGAACUCAAAGUUCACUUCAAAAGGACAGAGAUUGUCUCAUUUGCUCUUUGGGGACAUUAAUUGUUCAAAGUAGUAAAACUUAUGGAUUUAUUGGUUCUUAUUCCUUUUUUUGUUUUUGAACCUCCAUAAAAUUUAUUAUUAUUU